UUUCAUACUGUAUAUGUGUGUAGCCGUAACUUGAUAAUCAAAGCACCCCAUACUUCGAAUGCAGGCCAAAGGCUAUUCGCAUGAUUUAAACGUAAUUAUAAUACUAAAAAAAAUCAAAAAUUUUCUAGCAUACUGCUCAUUGGCCAGCUCGAAGAACGAAGCGACGGAUAUUACUGCACGAGCAAGAUCAAUGCUGUCGUCAAAGCGCACAAUGGAUGCUGACAGCCCAGAAAGUAUAGGGUGCUAUCCACGUGACUACUACGUCACCCAUCCGCUCAUUAAAAUUUUCCUUUGCCGUAACCGACGAACUUCGCUAGUAUCCUUUUACCUUUUGUCUUGCCUCUGCUUUUGGUGAAUUUGAUAACAUUGAAUGGCUGAUGCAUUACCAGAGCCACUAGAAAUGGAGCACAUACCUAUUGAUUUGAGACAAGAUUUGUCGGGUUCACAUUACAAUACGGAGCAAUCCAAUUUAAUUUCUCCUGUCGACCACAGCCUACAUCACCUAGAUUACAAGUACUCAUCAUCUGUGAAAAGUCCUAAUCCGUCAUACCAACAACAAGCAGAUCAGCCAGUUGGCAACAAUAAUAGCGUCGGCGAUAAUAAUAAUGCCCCUCAUUUGUCAUAUAGUCAAUCCUACCAUUCUAAUUCACCCAGUCCACAAUCACCGUCGCCAAGACUGCACUAUACCGUUACCGAGGAAGGCUCAGUACACCAUUCGUCCAAGUCAAACGAAGACUCAGACUUAGACAAGGACUACGAAGUUGCUAUGAACCCUCAGCCAGUGACCGAAAACCCAAAUAACUUUGGAGACAUUUCUAACACGGCACUGAUACCUGAACCAAACUCUACCGAAGAUGAAGCCAUGGAUGUAGACCCACUCCCUGUUCAUUCCAAUGAUCAAUCGCCAACAGCCGAUGUUUUGCCAGAGAUUACUCCAUCUCUAACUACAGCAUCUUCAGAUUCAAAAUCUGACCUUGGUGUGUAUAAUCCUUAUGUACAACCGCGUCAAAGUAGUGAUAGUCCAUCAACUGUCCUACCAUCAUCCAAUCUAAAGCAUGUUACAAAUCCUAAAGCACCUGCUGAUCAGUACAGCCUGACAGCUCCUGCUCAAGGAUCUCAAAGACAUUUGGUAGAUAGAAAUGCAAGGGAUGAGAAGAGUAGACUGGAGAGGCUCAUGAGUCCAGAUGAUGAGCAAGACAGUUUAUUAGAUCCGUCUCAAGGAGUGACUUCAUUGAUGGAUAUGAUGCAAUUGGUGCAAUUGACCAAGACAGAAAAAAGCACAAAGACCCGUAUGGUCAUAUUGCAGAAGAUCAUUCAGACAGACGAUAUUGCGUUACUACAGAAAUUUGUUCAUCACGAGGAAAGAAUAGGCAUACGAACGCUUGGAAACUGGCUCUAUUCCUAUUACGACAAAAAGAUGAUGCGGAUAACAAUGAGUAUAUUGAAGGCACUUGACAAGCUUCCAACCUACGCAUCAGAUUUAAGGCAUCUGAAGAUCCAAGGAGUUGUUCGCCUGAUAGCAACCAUGUCUACCGGCAGCGAUGACCCACCAGAUGUGACAACAGCUGUUACAAAUCUCGAUGCGAAAUGGGAAAGAACACACCAUUAUCAACCCACGAAAGAAGAGGCUAUAAAUUUGGAAGCUGCCCUUGCUGAAACUCGCGCAAACAAAGAAGCUCGUGGCACUGUACAAACUCUUGAUCAAGAUAGUAAAUCAUCUCCAAUGGGUAGUAAGAAUAGCGAUUCUGGAGACGGUAAAGCAGAUAGUCUUAAACGAUCGCAUAAAAGCGCUGAACAGGAUCUGAAGCAAAAUGUGAAGCGUGUCAAGUCCACUGCCACUAAGGAAAGUGCUUCUGCCAAGGCAAAGGCAGUUACGGAUACAGAUUUUUUCAAUCGCUUACUAGCACCUAAGCGACCGCAAACUCCAGAGCCUAGCAAACCCAAAGCCAGUCAACCCACAAGUGACACAAAAGCGUCUACAUUCAAUGUAAAUGAACUAAAGAAGGCGAAAACGGCGGGCCGCACGAUACCUACUGGAAAAGGUUCAGAUUUUUCACUUGAUGCACUACUUUCAACCAUUGGUCGUAGCCCUGAACAGAAACGAUCACCUGAAAGUCCACCAAAAUCACCACCGCCAAGUACCAGCAGUGCGAAGUCGCCUGAAGCCGCAGGCAGCGACAGUGCUGGCACUAAACGGAAACGUGGGGUUACGUUCGCUCCUGAUGAUCGAAUUGCAGAAUAUAGAUAUUAUACACCAAAUGCUGAAGAGUGGGCAGAUCAACCCACUGGUGAGGCAAUAAAUCAUGUACAUGGCAACGCCCGUGACCUUGAUGUGGGUGAAGGUAGGAUGGCUUUCGAAAGAACGCAUCCAGCACAGGUACCAGAGGGUACCAAAGAUUGGCAUAUUCCAUCGCUUAUCCGAUUACCAGACCAUCUUGUUCUUGCGCUUCCAGAAGAAACUGCAGAGUCAAAGGCACAGGCGAUUCGAGAAGAGUCGACAUUUGCUGCCGUUUAUACCAGUCUUGCGCAUAUACCUCCGUCACCGGCCGAACCAAACGAAGUUCCUCCUGUACAUCCAGAUGCCAAUAUCGUACACAUUCCUUUGGAGGACCUGUAUAGCUAUCAAGUCAAUGCUGAGAGAGCAAAACCACCACCGGAGCCACCUCUGCCUACUGAUCCUGCUAUUAUGAAUAAUCUUUUAGCUGCUGCCGGCUCGGUGCUACAAUCAAUGAAUGGGGUAUCGCACUCUCAGAUACCGGUACAGGCUACAGUUCCACCACCGCCAACAAAUGCAAACGGCUCAGUAGAUCUCAGUCUGGUUGAUGGACUGCUUAAGAAUCCUAGCCUUGUUCAGUCGUUGCUUGGGCUUAUGGGCACUGCUCCCAAUAAAUCGCCCAGUCCAGCAAUAUCCUCGCCUCCAGUGAACACUCUACCUACUGGCCCAUCAGCCUCUAUAGCAUCAUCCAACUCAUGGCAACAGCCUCAAUCAGCCCCGCCACCACCACCUCCCCAACAGCCACCGCGACAGCCUUAUAAUUACUAUCAAACAUCCCCUCCACAGCAAUACCAGUCUCCCAAUCGAAACCAGCAGUAUGGAAAUAAUCAGCCCUACCCCGAUCAAUCCUAUCCUGUUCCUGGACAACCAACGCCAACAGCACGAGGACAAUAUUCUGCUUCUGGACCUGUGCCUAGCGGACCCAGCCAAAGACCUGCGAUAAAUCCAAACUUUAGAGGUGGAUUCCGAGGAGGUGCAAGAGGAAUGCCUCGCGGUGGUCGUGGUAAAGGACCUCGUGGAGGACGUGGUAACAAGUUUCGUGGCGCUCCCAACCGCUUCUAAGCACAAAAGACUAGAAUGAUUUUUCUUUCCACCAUCACUUUGUCACAUUUUCUUUCUUCUUUUAUUGUAAUGCUGUAAAAACCUUCCGUUUUAUCUACUCAUCUCGACACGCACACCCACGUUAACAAACGCACUGUACAAAAUCCUUUACAU